AUGUUCGAAGCAAAUGGUUACCGGUUGAAUCUAGGAUUUUCCACCAUGAAUGGAUACUCAAACUGUUCUGCUAACCAUACGGAAAUUUGGAGUCGUAAUUUAGUACUUGCACUGGGCAUCCCUCAGCUGACCAUUAACAUAGCAUCUGUGAUCUUCAACUGCACAGCCAUCAUCACCAGAAAGGCAACAAAGGACCUGCACAAGCCCAUCUCUAUACUCUUCUGCAAUUUGGCUUUUUCUGAUCUCUUCACAAGUUUUUCUGGUUUUUGGAUUUCAAUGCUGUUCAUCACCAAACCUGACGACACAAUCUUUGGAUCCAAGGAUAUGCUUGCACCUUAUGCCUUAUAUGCUACAUCUAUUUUAUCCACCAUCUAUAAUUUGGUAAGCAUUGGAAUUGAACGCUACCUGGCUGUGGCUGAAAGUAUUAGGACAAGGUUCAGGGUUGCUAGAAACCAUUCCAUAGCUGUAGUUUUAAUUAACUGGGUCCUUGCUUUCUUUCUGGGCUGCUUGCCAUUGAUGGGGUGGAACUGCUUGCACACAGGAAAAAAUCUCUCAGUCCUCUACAGUCCGUUUUGUGUUGACUACCUCAUCUUCAUCACCACUCCCAACGUUGUGGCGGCUUUUAUUGUUCCUCUGUUCACCUACCUUAGAAUCAUUAUGAUCCUGAGGAAAAGAAAGCUGAGAAUGAAAGCGUGUGGGCAAGCUAUCGGUACCUACAAAUCAGCUGAAAUCCAGGUUGCCAGAACUAGUAUUUUUAUAUGGCUCCUGGCAUUGGUGUCCUACGCUCCUCUUUUUGCAGGUGUCAUCUUUGAUGCAGUAAACCACCAGUGCCCCCUCGAUCUCUACCCAAGCGUCUACAUCUUCCGAAACUGCACAGCUAUGCUGAUAACCAUGAACUGUUUGGGAAAUCCUAUCAUAUAUACACUGAAAACCAAAACCCUAGGGGCUAAACUCAAGUCUCUGAAAUGCCUUUCUGGCAAACGUCUCCAAGCCUGCACCAUUGCGAACAUCUAA